CUAUGGAGCCUGGCAGGGUUCCAAAGCAUUUCGCAGCCGCUUGUUCCUCAGAGAAGCAAAUCUGAGAACUCCCCUGCCUACCAGCCUGCCUGCGUGCCUGCCUGCCUCACUGCUUGCCUGAUUGCCUGCCUGCCUGCGCACCCCUGGUUGCCACGAUGGCCGCCCCCCGAUCUUUCCUGCUGCUGCUGCCACUGCUGCUGCUCGCCCUGGUCUUCACUGUCUACGCCGACCAUCCUCCCCACCUCAUCGGUGGCCUCUCCGAGGCCAACGAGAACGAGGAGGGAGUGCAGCAAGCUCUGAAUUUCGCCAUGACUGAAUUUAACCGGGGCACCAACGACAAGUACGGCAGCCGAGUAUUCCGGGUGUUGCGAGUCAGAAAACAGAUUGUGAGUGGUGUGAAAUACUACUUUGAUGUGGAGGUUCAUCGAACAACCUGCAACAAGUCUGUAGCUGACCUUUCAAACUGCCCCUAUCAUGUGGACCCACCUCUGAAAAAGCACUCCAUCUGCCAGUUUGAGGUGUACACAGUUUCUUGGCUCAACCAAAAUAGCCUUGUGAAGAAUGAGUGCAGAGAUGCCUAGGUGUAUCCUUGAACACAUCUGUGACCACUCUGAUCUGCAGCUGAUGUCUCUUUUUUAAAAAAAAGAGUUAUAACAACAAUUAUUACCUAAGUAUUAGUGUUGUGUAAGAUAAUGAUGUAAUGUCCUCCCUAAGCUGGCAAAAGGAAGAAAUAAAGGCUUGUCAAAGUAC